AUGGAUGCUUUUCUCCUUUACUCACUUGUCUUUACAGUCCUUUACGUGUCCCUUUCCAUCAUUUACUUCAUCACUAAGCCCAAUACCUCAAAACCAAACCUCCCGCCGGGCUCCACCGGCUGGCCGGUGGUCGGAGAAAACAUUGACAUGAUGGUGUCGGGGCCGGAGAAAUACAUAUCCGACAGGAUGAACAAGUAUUCGUCGGAGGUUUUCAAGACCUCCAUAGCUGGGGAGAAAGUGGCGGUGUUUUGCGGCGCCGCCGGGAACAAGUUCUUGUUCACCAACGAGAACACCCUCCUGACCACGUGGUGGCCGCAGUCGGUGACGAAGCCGCUGAUGCUCCCCACCAAUGCCCAAAACGGCCUCAAGAAGAUCACGAUAAUCAACCGGACCCACGUCCAAGAGAUUCUCAAACCGGAGAAUCUCAAACACUACAUCUCCACCAUGGAUUCCAUGGCCAAGGAACAUCUCGCCGAGGAGUGGGCGCCCUUCGGAGAAGUCAAGGUUUAUCCUCUCUCCAAAUAUUACACCUUCGCUCUGGCGUGCAAGCUAUUCUUGAACAUUGAGGGCCGCGACGAGGUUAAAAGGCUGUUGGACCCUUUACUCAUCGUCACCUCCGGCAUGUUCACCCUGCCGCUCAACCUCCCCGGCACCGCCUACAACCGCGCCAUGAAAGCCGGCAGCAUGCUGCGCUGUCGGCUCGUGGAGGUGAUUAAGAAGAGGAAGGCGAUGAUGAGUAGUAGUUCAGGCAAGGUGGGGGAGCAGGGACAAGACGUGUUGGGCCGCCUCCUUAGCGCUACCGAUGAGGAGGGACAACACAUGAACGAGGCCCAGAUUUACAACAAUAUUAUCGGACUUAUCAUUCCCAGCUACCAUUCUACCAGUUCUGCCAUAACCUUUAUAUUGAAGUAUCUUGCUGAACUUCCCCAUAUUUAUGACCAAGUCUACACAGAACAAAUGGAGAUUGCCAAGUCGAAGGGACCAAAUGAGAGAUUGUGUUGGGAAGAUAUUCAAAAGAUGAAAUAUUCAUGGAAUGUAGCAUGUGAAGUACUAAGGCUAAUCCCACCAGGACAAGGUGGCUUUAGAGAGACUGUCAAAGAUUUUAUCUACGCUGGAUUUAUUAUUCCAAAAGGAUGGAAGACGUUCUGGAAUCCGUAUUCAACACACAAGAAUCCCAAAUAUUUCACAGAACCAGAGAAGUUUGAUCCAUCAAGAUUCGAGGGAAAUGGACCUGCACCCUUCACCUUUGUGCCGUUUGGCGGCGGGCCGAGAAUGUGUCCGGGAAAAGAGUACACUCGACUAGAACUACUUGUGUUCAUGCACAAUGUUGUCACCAACUUCAAAUUGGAGAUAUUGAUGCCGGACGAGAAGAUAGUCUAUAGUAAUGGAGUGCCGAUUCCGGUCAAUGGCCUUCCUAUCAGAUUUAUACCCCAUUAG